GAGAGGGAGAGCGGACUCUCCCCAUUCUCGGCCGUACCAGAGCAUUUGGGUGGCUUUAAAUUGAUAAAUAAACACAUGUAUUUUGUGCCCCUUCCUACUAAUAUUUAUGUGUUCAAAUAAAUAGUCAUCUCAAAUUCCAAGUGGACUCUUAAGCUUCCUUUUAUUAUUCUUUGGUAUAUUCACGUUUAUCAACUUUAACCACCUUAGUAACUAAAUGCUACUAGGUUUUACUUGGCUUCUAGUAAGACACAAGUUACAUGUCGUCGCGUUCCUAAAAUCUCGCAAAAAUUUGAAAGCUUCGGAGAAAUAAAUAAAUCUUGCUUACAAUAUUUAUCUUUUCGAGAAACAAGGUAGUAUCAUUAACCUUUGUACUUGAAGUGUGACUCAUGCCCAAUUACCUAGUGAAUGAGUUAUUUUAUUUAUUAAGGAGAGAAGAGAGCUAUGGUACGCUGAUACUGAAGUUUCGUUGACAAUUGUGACUUUUAUCACAGUUAUCAAUUCGAAACUAAAUAUAUUUUACCGGUAAUUUACGCGAUCUCGUGUUACAAUUAGCCUUAAUGCACUUCCUCAUGUACUUGGUAUUUAUCUAUUUCUCGUCACUUUUCACUCAGCUUGGUACUUAUAUCAUGCAUCAAAAAACAUUCAUUAUAACAGGCAGCAAACUUAUUAACAAUUUAAGAAAAACAUCUUUAAGCUAAUGUCAACCGUAUGUUAUUUAAAUCUCGAAAGUGAGUUCCAUUUAGUGAUUCAUUUUAUAAUUUUAAUCAUCAGAACUAAGUAAUAAUUACCAACAUGUUUCGUUUCUGGUUGAACUAAAUGUUUCAUAAUAAGUUGGAUGGCACUAGUUUUCAAAAAGCUGUAUUUGUUGUUUACAAUAAUCAAUGUCGCUCGUUUCUAAAACUGGAUUCCAGUUGGCUAGGGGCUGUUGUCUAUCAUAGUCCCUUUUUUUCCAGAGGUUUAAAAUACUUUAUCUGAACAACCUAGUAAAACAAUAUAAACUGAGAUAAUGAUGGCUAGCAGGGAAAUCCAGGACGCGCGUUUCGUCCUAUUCGGGGCUCGUCAGCUGGAUGUACCUGCAUCCGAAGUUGAUGUUCGUCCCGAGACUCGAACUCAGUGCCGUUCUCUUCAAACACCAUCGCGUUAUCCACUUGGCUACUGAGCCCAGAUAGCCACUACCUGAUGCGAUGGGGUGAAGUUUAAUUCAUUCUUGUAUUUGUUGCGUGAAUCUUCCCACUGAUGUUUAGGAUUGCAAUUGAUUAGUCUCUUAUCAGCAUAUGCGCAUCCUGUUAGGAUUGCCUCGAUAUUGCCUUCAGUCACAAGCAUUACAAGCUGAAGGCAAUAUCUAGGCGAUCCUCACAAGAUGCGCAUAUGCCGAUAAGAGACUAAUCAAUUGUAGUCCUAAACAUCAAUGGGAAGACUCAAGCAAUCAAUACAAAAAUGAAUUAAACUUAUGGAAACGUUUUAUUAGGGUGAUGAACUUUUCUGGUUGAAUGAUUGGCUAUUUCUUAAUCAAUCAGCACCAGUGAAUACGAGGAGAAGACCUUAGAAUCUUGUGUGGAAAUUCUAGAUUUACUAACGUUUUUCAUGUGAUUCCUACUUCCAUCCAACAUUUUUAUUUGGAAUAUAAUUACGUUCCUGUUCAACCGUGUUCUGAUUUGGGGCUUGUUGAGUGAAGUAGUUUCCAAGAAUACUAAAGAAUAAGAGUAGCUGAGCCGCAAUAAAAGAAAUCAUAACAUCCCACAAAACUAACGACCAGAUAAAUACACUUUCUAGUCCUCUAUUACUGCUAGUAUUUAUGUAUUUGAUUCACGAGUCAACAUUCGCACGAUGGAUACUCAUUAAUUUUGUUUGUAUCAUUUGGUGAAUGGAAAUAAUUGAUGGAUUUCGUUGUUGGUUUUUUAAUUUCCACUCAGAAAUAAUUUAUUGCUCGCUAAGACCUUUUGAUUAUGUCUGAAGUAUCUCUUCUCCAUGCGUCACCUUUUAUUGCUUUGCCAUUUGUUGGAGCAUUUGUUGGACAGAGGAUUGUUUCUAAAAAUAUGUACUGGUAUGAUACUUUGAGAAAGCCAUCGUUCUCGCCUCCCAAAUGGGUUUUUGGACCAGUUUGGAGUGCACUUUAUGGUUGCAUGGGAGCUGCGUCCUAUCUGGUAUGGAGAGAUACACCAUAUGAGAAGGUGAUGGUUCCCCUGGCUGUUUAUGGUGCUCAGCUUUUACUUAACUGGUCGUGGACACCUGUGUUUUUUGGACAGCACAAAAUAAAAUAUGGAGCUAUGAUAAACUUGGGAAUUCUUGGCGGUGCUGUUACAUGUGUAUAUUUAUUUCGUCCCAUCAAUAUCAAUGCCAGUAAUCUAAUGAUUCCAUAUGCUUUAUGGACAGCAUUUGCUUCAGUCAUCAGUGUUCGUGUGGCUAUGCUAAAUGAUCAUGAUUAA